UGUUGCUUAUGGUCACUUCUUCAUUGACUAGUUGUCUAUACGCCACGUCAAUAUGCAGAAACUUAGCUUUCCAUUGUUACGUACUAUUGUUAAUGAUCAUGAGAUCGAGUCCGUACUGCCUUGUCCAGAGGAGCAACGUCGUGCACUAAGUUUAGUAAAGAACCAUGAAGUCCACACUAUCCUCUUCGAACUACAAUUUGGAGGCGAUAUAUCCAUUGCUAGGUUAAGAAAUGCUUGGCAGAAUGUCGUUCAGCAAAGAAGAGAACUACGAACUGUCUUCGCAAGGGGCCCAGGUGCCACUGAUAUCUUUCAAGUAGUUUUGAAGAAUUACGAUGCCUUGCUUACACAUGCGGAUUAUGAAGAAAGAGACGAUAUUGAGGCCAAGAUCGAGCAGGACACCUUGCCAGUUCUCGUUCCGGGAGCGCCAAUGCACGUUGCUCAGGCUUACACAACUGGGGGCUCUUCUUUGCUGCUCAGGGUGUGCUAUAAUGACAUUGUCAUUGACAGUGAUUGUCUGGUCAGGAUACAGACAGACCUACCCCGAGCUUAUUAUGCAUUAGCUGGUCCCAAAGCAACACCUGCCACUUCCCAUGAGACGCAGGUCCAGAAAGAGACACACGCUCAAGGCAAUGUAUUCGAGCGCAUGAAGAACGCAGAACCUACAAUUCUAGGCCUCGGCACGGUCGUGGCGCAGACGGCAGUAGCGGAGUACACGAAUGAGACGAUGCUGGGCUCCCUCGGCGAAUUGCUCCUCCUUCAAUGUUCAAGCCAAGGAGUUGCGCCUAUAAAUGCUAUACAGGCACUUUGGUUGGUCUUGCUGGCGAGAUAUCUUCGCCUUGAACAGCCUUGCUGCGUUUAUAGAAUGGCACAGGAUGACGUUUCAUCUGAGAAUAGCAGUAACCCUGGGGUUGGCCGACGAGAGUUUCUAUGUACCGGCCUUUUCACGGAGGAUGACCGCUUCGCAGAUCUUGUCAAAAGGCUGAAUGGCCAAGUACUGGAGGACAUCAAAGCAAAUUCGUCGACAGAUUUCCCCCUUAUACACGACGGUAAACGAAUUUGUAACUCAAGUGUAUGUUGGUAUGACCUGACAGCUUCAAAUGAAGCAAACCAGGUAUUGAGUAUGAAGCCGGUCAAAGCAAAGGGCUCCGAGGAGCACGACGUAGCUUUGAUCGUCAUUUAUACCGGAGCAGAGCUUAUGAUCCAAUUGCGGACGGGUGUCACAAUCGAGACCUGGUUGGCCAAAAGCAUCGCCGACAUGUUCAUGCAGUCUCUCGAGUAUGUCUUGAGUAAGCCUGAGUGUAGAAUCGAAGAUAUACCGUCUUGCAGUCAGAAUGAUAUAUAUACGAUACAGCGAUGGAACGGAGGUGAUCUACCGAGGCAAGAAAGCUGCAUACACGAAAUGAUACGUGAGCAAGCUUUACUGCGUCCUGAUGCUCCUGCGGUUCUCGCUCACGAUGGAUCGCUAUCUUACGCAGGCCUCGAGGCGCUGACAACCCGAGUAGCCAACACAUUCUUCACUAAGCUAGGAUUCCAACAUGAGGAGAAGAUUAUCCUACAGCUCCCCCACUCUCUCUGGGUGAUUGUCGCCAUGCUAUCUGUCAUGAAGGCUGGCUCUGCUUUCGUCUCGCUGGACGAGAACGUUCCUUUACACCGGGUUAAAUCCAUUGCCUUGAAGUCCAAUGCACGAUUUGUCCUCACUACCCAAGCGUCUACGUCUAAAUACGAUGAAAUUGGCUUGCAAAGCAUCGUUCUAGACCAGUCCUUCGCAGAUAAUGAAACAUUGCCGACGGCAGCGAACUGGACGAACUCAAACGUGCGCCCAUCUGAUCUUGCAUACGUGAUCUUCACAUCAGGCAGCACAGGUGAACCGAAGGGCUGCGCGAUCGAGCACCGAGCUUUUUGCUCCUAUGCGCUGACAUUCGGCCCCGCGUUUCGGCUUGGACCUGACAGCCGUGUGAUUCAAUCCACGUCGUAUUCAUUCGACGUCUCGCUCAAGGAAAUCUUCCUGGGGCUUCUUUCCGGAUCGUGCCUCUGUAUACCAUCCGACUAUGAUAUCAUGAACGACAUCGGUGGUGCUGCAGCGCGCAUGCGCGUCAACUACGCCAAUUUCACACCGUCAGUUGCCGCGCAAUUGAACCUUGAGGCCGCAAAUUGCAUUAGAACGCUGGUCCUCGGUGGCGAGGCCUUGACUCCUGACAUCAUCGCUGCUUGGGUGCCCCGGGUUGAUGUUCUUCUUGGUGGUUAUGGACCUAGUGAAGUGUGCCCAACAUCUGCUGUCGUCGGUCCAUUAUCUCUGCAGUCAAAUUUCCGGAAUAUUGGCUCUCCGAUAGGAAACAAAAGCUGGGUCGUGGAUCCUUCGAACCACGACCGACUUAUGCCUGUCGGAGCUGUGGGAGAACUUGUGCUGGAGAGCCAUGCUAUUGGUAGAGGAUACAUCGGUGACGAGGAACGAACAUCUAAAGUAUUCAUUGAGAACCCCGCGUGGUGCGCUUGGCCCGAUCUAAGUACCAAAGAACCCGGGGAGAAAAGACGCAUGUACAAGACUGGAGAUCUAGUCGCGCGGUGUGGCGACGGAUCGCUGUUGUAUUUUGGCCGCAAGGACAUGCAAGUCAAAUUGCGAGGCCAGCGCAUAGAGCUUGGCGAUAUCGAGAGCAAUCUGAAAGCUAUCCUAGCGGUCGAUUUAGCUGUAGAGGCCGGUAUUCCUCGAGGAGGGGGUGUCGAAGAUAAAAUGCUAGUCGCCUUCAUUUGUCUCGGGUCUCAGUCGUUGGUACCUACUGACUUGACCUUGGUCGACCCUCAGGUUCAGGCGAGGCUACAUACUUUGCUUGCAAACUGCGAAGAAAGACUUGCAGAGAAAAUAGCACGCUAUAUGUUGCCCUCGGCAUAUGUGCCGCUCCGCAUGCUUCCUGUCACGACUUCAGGGAAGCGGGAUCGUCGGGGAUUGCAGCAGAUAAUUUCCUCCUUACACAAACAGGAACUUCUAGCUUGGCACAGACCAGCAGCGAAAGAAUCAAAAGGCCGGCCGAUUGUCACGGAAAUGGGGAAACGAGUAGCCAGUUUAUGGUCCAAGGUUCUGAAGAUCGAGGUUGAAGAUUUGAGUUUGGAUGAUGACUUCGUCAAUAGAGGGGGUGACUCACUCGCUGCCAUGAAAGUUGCAAACUUGGCUAAGGAGGCAGGGCUCAGGUUGACCUUCAGAGACAUAUACCGUCGUAGUCGCAUCCUCGGCGAUCAGAUCGAGCUUUGUCUUAAAGGGGCGGCUUCUACUACUGCUACAAGGAUGGCGAGAGCACCAAGAUCCGGCCGCGCCCUCAAGCCUAACCAGUUCAGAGGCGAAAGUGAUACUACAUCACGCUUCAAACACCCUGUGGUUAUAAGUUAAAAUAAACUGAGCGAGGUGAAGCGAGAGCGACCGUGCCAAUUGAUUUCGUUAUUUAGAUAUGUCCGAACACAGUGGCGAAUCUCACAUUUAGUGAUUGAUCAACUAUCCGAUCGUAUUAUUCUGACUAGAUCUAGUAUCUCUUCGAAUGGCAGCGAGCUGUCGCCCAA